AUGACUGUUCCAAAGACAUUUAAGGCGGCUGUGGUGCCUGAGCCCAAAAAGCAACACAUCAUCGCCGACCGAUCAUUGCAGCCUCUGCAGUCCGGCGAAGUGGCCAUCAAGAUCACUGCGACUGCCAUCAACCCAAUCGAUUGGAAGAUGCGUGACCACAACGUGAUCCUCCAAGAGCUUCCCGCAGUCCUGGGAUCGGAUGGCGCGGGCGAGAUUGCAGCUGUCGGACCAGACGUCUCAGAUUUCAGCGUUGGCGACAGAGUCUUCUUCCAAGGAACCAUCGGAAAUUACGAUGCAUCUACGUUUCAGCAGUUUGCUAACAUCGACUCGAAAUUGGCGGCCAAAACCCCAAGCAACAUCAGUGACGACGAAGCCAGCACUAUUUUUGUCACGAGUGUAGCGGCUCUUGUGGCGUUUUAUGACAGGACAGGUCGUGAGUUGCCCGCGCCGUGGGACAAGGGCGGCGAUAGCGUCGGCAACAAUGCUGCCAUUGUCAUCAUUGGCGGCAGCUCUUCCAUGGGACAGUACGCCAUCCAAAUGGCGCGGCUGUCUGGAUACUCCAAAAUCAUUACCAAUUCGAGCCCGCAGCACAAGGAGUUUCUCCAAAACCUAGGCGCAACGGCCGUGCUGGAUCGGCAGGCGACAGCUGACGACUUUGUCGCGGCGGUGGGCUACACGCCGCUCGACUUCAUCCUGGAUACCAUCUCCGCGAGAGUUACUAAGCAGCUCUCUGUGGACAUCGUCAGAGGAGCCAAGGUGACCAAGGCAGAGGUUACCAAGAUCGUAAUCGUGCUCAUCCCAGACCUGGACUUUGAGGAAUUCGACGCCGAACAGGAACCAAAAGCCACCCUCCACAGAAUCCUCGGCGUUGGCAGCUUUCCUCAGCUUCGAUACCUCAGCGAGCCGUUUGUGAAGCACCUCGGCGGCGAGGAUGGUUACAUUGCCCGCGGGUUAUUCAAGCCUAACCGGCUAGUGGUCGUGCCUGGUGGUCUGGCUGGCGUGGACCCCGCGUUGGAAAAGAGCAAGAAGGGCGUUUCUGGCGAGAAGGUCGUGAUCAGACCUUUCGAAUGA